AUGGUUUUUUCAAUUUUAUGGUAUCGAUUUAUUCUUUUAAUUAUGUAUAUUAAUAUUGUAAAUGGUAUAAACAAUUUAUUAUAUACAAAUAAAUUAAAUAAUAAAAAGAUUGAAUGUCAUAUUGGAUGUUCUUCAACUUGUAUAAGUAAUUAUACAUGUUCAUCAUGUGGAAUAGGUUAUGACCAAGAUUAUUCUUGUAAUCAUUGUCAAUUAAUUAAUACAUAUAAACCAUUUAGUUUAAAUAAUCCUUUAUAUGUUAUGCAACAUAAUAUUUGUACUAAUAUAUCUCAUUAUAUAAUAAAAUCAACAUGGUUACCUGAUAAUAGAAAAUAUAUUCAUAUUAAUGAACCAAUAGAAUUAAUAUUUAAUUCAGAAACAUAUUAUGAUUAUGGACCAUGUAUUACUAGAAAAGAAAAACAAAAUAGAUAUAGAAUUGGACAUUGGCUUGAAUUAAAUCUUUUAGAAUUUUCUGAUUCAAUUAAUUAUAUGCAAGUUCAAUUAAAAUAUAAAACAAACAAACAAGGUAAAAGAGUUAAUAUUUAUUAUGAUAUUUCAGAUAGUGAACCAACUACAA